AUGACGAGAACUUUAAUGGUGAUAGUGGUUAUUACUAGUCUGCUAGUGAUAUACGUCAUGGAAUUUAAAGUUUAUCAUGGUUCCAAUGAAGGCAGAAAGUCCAACUCUGGUCCGACUUCGUUUAUUUCUGAACAAAUUCCAACAAAAGCAAAUGGAAUCCAACAGAACACAUCCAAAGACAAUUUAGUGGCAAACACGAACAUUAGUAAGGACCAAGUUCCUGGCAUUAAAUGCUCAAAAAGAUUCAACAUUGCGUUUCUUAAGACGCAUAAAAGCGGCAGCACUACAGUUUCCAAUAUAUUAUAUCGUUUUGCGAUUCGCAAUCGUUUGAAUCUCGCAUUACCGAACAAAAGGGGUAAACCAAAUCAUUGGGUUUUAGGCGAUUUGACAAACUUUACGGACGCCUCUAUUCUGCGGUUACCCACAGGUGAACAUUAUAACAUUUUGGCGGUGGAAUCUAUUUAUAGACGGGAUGUUUUCAGGCGAAUCGUACCAAGUAAUCCGUAUUUUCUGACCAUAGUCCGAGAACCCGUGGACAGAUUCAUUUCUUAUGUAUUUUUCAACAAGAAGAAUAAUGUUGAAGGCAUGCCUUAUGUCAUUAAAAACUCAUUUUUGAAAGACAAAGUUUUCAAAAUGGCUGCCAAAGGCAUGAGCCUUGAUUUUGGAAUGAAGUACAACGGUUCAAAACUAUUGUUAGAUCCGAGGCGAUUUGUCCAAAAUAUUACGACAGAUUUUGAUCUGAUUUUGGUAGCAGAAUAUUUUGACGAGUCUCUAUUACUGUUGAAAAGACAACUCUGUUGGGAACUUAAAGAUAUCAUAUACAUUAGCAAAAACGUCAACGCCCAAAAACGUAAUUACGCUUUGGACGCUCAUGACGUUGAACGCGUGCGAAAUUUGACGCAAGUAGACAAUAUGCUGUACUCGAAGUCAAAGACUAAACUGUUGAAACAGAUUUGGAAACUCGGAAUCGAAUUCCUUGACGAAGUAUUCCAUUUUAAAGGAGUGUUAAAAUUGGUUAAAAACUACUGCGUUCAUGGGAUGAAACAUUUUUCUAAUACGACCAUACCGGAAUCGGAGUGGAACCAACGUUUCUCUGUGACGGAAGGUGAUUGUAGAUAUUUGUUGAUGGACGAACCAACUCUAGUUGGGAAUCUUCAAGAACGAACUUGGUUGCGGUAUACAAAGUUCAGAGAUGGUUUUUAA